GUUUCGUCCAAUCAGAAAAUAACAUUUGACUCUUCUGGGCGGGACCGGAAGCAGAAGUUCAGACGCUUAUACUGUAUGUUUUUUGUAGUAGUCAGCUAGCUACUAACCCUACAGCUCUUUUAAAUCUUUAAAAAACGGUUAUACAACCUAAAUGAAUCGUUAUAUUUUGAAAAUCGGAAAGCACGUAUUUGUUUGUUGAGGCUACUCUUACUACGGUAUAUCCUAUAUCUCUGCAGUAAGUCAUCAUGGGCGAGGUGGAGCUGUCCUGUCGGGCCUAUGUGAAGAUGUAUCUGCACGCCUGUCUGUUUCCGCGGUGCAGCAUCAACGGGCUGCUGUUGUCGUCCAGCCCGGCAGGCGGCCCCGUCUGUGUGACGGACUGUGUCCCGCUGCUCCACUCCCACCUGUCCCUGGCUCCCAUCACUCAGCUGGCCCUCACACAGGUGGAUGUGUGGUGUUCACAGACUCAGCAGAGGAUUGUGGGAUACUAUCAGGCCAACGCCUGCGUAUCAGAUAGCAACCCAACUCCGUGCGCCAUGAAGAUAGCCGAUAAGAUUUUUGAGCAGUUUGACAACGCAGUUUUGUUAAUGCUUGAUGGCAGUAAGAUGUCUUCAGACUAUCGGGUUCCUCCCAUCGUGAUGUACGAGCGCAAAGACUCAAAAUGGCUGCUCAAAGACAAACACACGAUAAUGCUGCGACAGUGGGAGGAGACUCGGGCGAUAGCCGGUCAGAUGCUGGAGUUGGGCGAUCAAGCGCUAUUGGUGGAUUUUGACAGCCACUUGGACGACAUUACAAAGGACUGGACCAAUCAGAAACUGAAUACCAAGAUAGCCGAGCUCGCCUCGCCGGCCAACGGGAACAUCUAGACGUAGACAGAGUAGCAUCAGUUUGUACCAGAGCCCAUAUUUAUUUAUGUUCUCACCCAUCGUCAUGUGAUUUUAAUAACCCGACACAACCCACACAGUUUAGAUUUAUUUUUAAUGCAUUUUUAUCGACUGAACAGGGACAUAACGUAGAACAUGCAUAAAUAACAACAUAUGUACAGCUUGGUAGAUCCCCCCCCUCCACCCCCAGAGUGUGCCUUGUGGUCCAGCCCAACACCCUUCUGAUUUAAAGAACAUGUUCACCCUAAAACACCAUUUUAACACUUUUACCAUGCACCUGUGGUCCCAUUUUUGUCUAUUUUUUUUUUUUAUUGUUAAAUCCCAUGUAUAUUACAAGCUCAAGGGGGCUGGAAAAAAUAACAGAAACACCUUUACAAUACAAAAGUCCUGCAGUAAAAACAAUUUUGUUGAAGCUCAAAGUUUUUUAUGUAUUUUAUUUUUCGUUUUGUUGUCCGACUGUCCGGUUGUUUGUGUUCAAACGGACGCCGCGGCGGUAUUUUUGACUUCGGGAGUUGGAUGCAUGCGAUGCUAAGCGGCUUAAAGUCUAACCGCUGUAGUUUGGUCGUGUUGUCCCCUUUUCAGUGUCAUGCUAGCAACGAGAAAAGCUUUUAAAGCAAAAGUAAUUAUUAUAGCAUUUUUAAAUCAUCAACAGUUUAACGCACUAAAAUGUAGUUGUAAGCAGAUAUAAGGACAUUUUUAAGUGUUUAUUAAUGCAUUUGUCAACAACUAUAACUCCUCCAGUGGAGCAGCGAGACUGUGGAAUGGAUAAUGAAUGACAAUAUAUUAUUAAAACACAAUAUAAGUCUUUGUAGGAAAAGUUAUAAUUGCUGACAAAACUGUACAUUAAUAAACACUUAAACAUGUCCUUUAUAGCUGCAUACAACUACAUUAAAGUGUGUUAUAGACAGUUUAUGAAAUGCUUAUAUAGUGCUUACUAAAACUAAAUGAAGGGGUUAAAGUAAAGUGUUACUAUCACAACUCUUGAAAUUAGAGCUUUUAGAAAAUUGCCUGAAUGGCUGGUGCAUCAGUGGCUACAAAAUGAUGUUAUUUAUGCAACGGAUAUGUCCUUUAAGCAUGUCAACUUUUGCGAAAAAAUUUCAACUGCAUUAGGAAAAGAGGAACAGUGUUGCAUGCACUGCCACACAGACACCUAGCGGGACAUUUGCCUGACAACACGCCAGACUACCACCUUCAUAAAAAAAAAGACCUUUUAAGUUGUAUAAACGCCUCCGACAGCCUCAACAAAAACCAAAUAUUCUGAGCUUCAGCAGACUUGUUUUUACUGCAAGACUUUAGUUUUGAAAUGUCGGAUGUUUUUGUCCCUUUGUCCUUUUAACUAUCCAUAACAACAACUGUAAAACAUUUUAAAUAUAAAAAAAUAGUGCAACUCUCAAAACCCUAAUCCCAAGUCUUAACUGGUUACACUCUUUUAAAAUUUGAUUUUCUUUCUCACACAUUAACACAAUAACAAUAAUAAAAAUGCACAGAUUGUCCCAGAUGAAUAAAGGAGUAAAGAAUG